UCCUCCCCUCUCCUCUGUUGUCUCUUCUUUCUCUUCAUUACUGGUUGCUCACGCCAGCCAGCUCAUAGCCAAAGAGCUCCUCUGUCCCUUUAACACUGAUCAAGCUUUAAGCCAGAACUUUUCAUGAAAAACUGAGACAUUGCUCCAAAGGAAGUUAUUGCUCAAGUCUAAAGAAUACUUACCAAAGGAGAGGUGUGACAGAGAGAUAGAAGAGCUACAGCCGAAUCAGCAACAGCUUUAAGGUGUUACUGUAACAUUUGGGAAGAGUUCAAUUUCUUGCCCAUUUAAAGCAGAUCUCAACAUUCCAGCUGCAGCUAUGACUCAGAGCAAUGGGGAGAACCCACAGAGGAGCCGGGGUGGCCUCCACCAGAUCCGAGCCGGGAUACAGUCACAAUCGCUGCUGGCCAGGAAGAGAGUGCAAAAUAUUUCCAAGGAUGAUGUGAAAGGAUUCUUCAUAAGGAAUGCCUUUGUGCUCUUUACCAUUGGUGCUGUAAUUAUUGGCAUAAUCCUGGGAUUUGCCCUGCGUCCUUAUAAAAUGUCUUACCGUGAUGUGAAGUUCUUCUCUUUCCCUGGAGAACUGCUGAUGAGAAUGCUUCAGAUGCUUGUUCUGCCCCUGCUGGUUUCCAGUCUCAUCACAGGCAUGGCCGCUCUGGACAGCCGCGCCUCUGGCAAAAUGGGUAUGAGGGCAGUGAUCUACUAUACCACCACUACUGUCAUUGCUGUUGUCAUUGGUAUCAUCAUGGUGCUGAUUAUUCACCCUGGAAAAGGAUCAAAGGAUGAGUUCACUAAGCAGCAGAAAAUAGAACAGAUCAGCCCUGCUGAUGCCUUCCUGGACCUUAUCAGAAACAUGUUUCCUCCAAACAUUGUGGAGGCUUGCACCAAACAGUUCAAGACGCAGUAUGCCAAGAGAGUAGUUCAUGUGACGAUGACAGUGAAUGAAACAAUAAUCACACUCAAUGAUAGCCGGGAGAUAACUCGGGAGGAGAUGAUCCCAGUGCCAGGGUCAGUUGAUGGAAUCAAUGCUCUCGGUCUAGUGGUUUUCUCCAUAUGCUUUGGUCUUAUCAUUGGGAGCAUGAGGGAACAGGGACAGCCUCUCAGAGACCUCUUUGACUGUCUCAAUGAAGCCAUCAUGAGGCUGGUCGCCAUAAUCAUGUGGUACGCCCCUAUUGGUAUCCUGUUCCUGAUUGCCGGUAAAAUCACAGAGAUGGAAGACCUUUCAGUUAUGGGGGGCCAGCUGGGAAUGUACACAAUUACAGUAAUUUGCGGCCUGCUCAUCCACGCCAUCGUUGUCCUGCCAACACUCUACUUCGUUGUCACCAGGAAGAACCCCUUUGUUUUCAUUGCUGGGCUGUUGCAAGCUCUUGUCACUGCCCUGGGAACAUCCUCAAGUUCUGCCACAUUGCCCAUCACUUUUAAAUGCCUCGAGGAAAACAAUAAGGUGGAUAAGCGUGUGACCCGAUUUGUGCUCCCUGUCGGUGCCACCAUAAACAUGGAUGGCACAGCUCUAUAUGAGGCCCUGGCAGCCAUCUUUAUUGCUCAGGUCAAUGAUUAUGACCUCAACUUUGGACAGAUCCUCACCAUCAGUAUCACAGCCACAGCAGCCAGUAUUGGAGCAGCUGGAAUCCCUCAGGCAGGACUGGUCACCAUGGUCAUAGUGCUUACAUCUGUAGGCCUGCCCACUGAUGACAUCACCCUCAUCAUUGCAGUUGAUUGGUUCCUGGAUCGAUUGCGCACCACCACCAAUGUCCUCGGAGACUCCAUUGGUGCAGGUAUAGUGGAACACCUGUCUCGGCAUGAGUUACAGAAAAAUGACCUAGAGGUUGGCAACUCAGUGGUGGAGGAGGCAGACAAGAAGCCAUACCAGCUCAUUUGCCAGGAGAAUGAGUAUGAAAAUGAGAGGCCACCUGACAGUGAGACCAAGAUGUAAGGGGGGGGGGCGUUUGUAAGAAGUCACAUACAUCCUUAGGAAAACCAUUGCAUUGUGCUGAACCACAUCCUCAUCUAAGCUCCUCUUCAUUUGCAAACCCUCUUCUCACAAGACUGGAGGGUUCCAAUCAAAUUCAUCUACUGAUAGACUGUAUUUCAGCUAAGGUUCUUUAAUGUGUGAGUUGUAGUAUGGACUGAACAUGGGAAAUGGUUCAUUGUUGCAUUGUUUUUCUAAGAUUUUUUUUUUCCUAAGAGUACUACAUGUAUCUGCCAUAGGAUGGCAGCUGUUUACUAUUAAGAAUGACCAACUCUAGAGCCUGGUGGUCUGUGUCUUGCAUGCUGUAUCCAACUCCUCCCAGAACUGUGAUGACUAAUCUCACCCACUAGAGGCCAGUAUUGCUGUGAGCCUCAACACUGCAGCAGGUCACAGCCCAUGCUUCUUCAGUUGUUUUAUGGCUGUAAAGUUGUUGCUUUAAUUUUAUUUGCGUGUGGUUGUGUAUGAAGAGAAAAUAUAGUAAAAAUCCAUCUGGAGACUGAUGUGAAAGGUGUUGGAUAUCAUGCAUGCACACGGACGUGACCAGGCUAACUGCUAUUGGUGGAAAAGGGCUGUUUAUUUACAAGCAUCUGUACAGAGAUUAGUGGCUUUAUUUUCUACGAUUUGGUGUACAGACUCAACUGAAUGAAUGAAUGAAUGAAUGAAUGAAUGAAUGAAUUAUGUCAUUUGCUUUAAGGCACACACACUUUUGCCUCCUAAAUCUCUUAGCCAGUAACUGUCAUUGUUAGACAAACAAAGCUGGCAGAACACAUUGGCAACGACCCAGGCGUCAAACCAAGAUCACUCAGUCGUGUUUUUUUACCUUUAAAUGUGCUCUGCUGAGAAUCUGAACUGUCAUCAGAAUUAGAAUUUAAGCCAACCACCACAUCCAUGUUCAUCUGAUGGAGACCUUAAAUGAACAUAAACGUAAACCAAAAAAGGACCAAAAAUACUAUCCAAAUUUUUAUAGUGCUCAAAUUAAACCAAACCCACCCAUAUCCAAACAAGCUAACACACACAUUAAUACAGCACUGUUUCAAUAGGAUAGUAAUGAUUUUAUUUUGGUGUCAUUCAGUCCCUUACACUGGGCCCCUAACAUGGACAUAAAACUAAAAAUUACCUGAUUGAAACCCUGAAGUGUCAGUAUGAAAUAUAUUUUUUUUUUAAUUGAACUAGUAAAGUCUAUUCUCAAUUUAACUUUGUUUAGAUAAUAACAUUUAUUUCAUGUGAUUUGAUGUGGAUGCAUGUUGUAAAGUCAUGGAUUUCAUUUAAUUCACCAUGAUUUAUUUUAUCUGUAGCUUGAAGUUGUAUUUGUUUUGAACUAAUUAACAAAUGUAACAUUGACAAAGAUGUUGCUUUGUAUAGAGGAUUUUUUUUGGAAUAUACUGUAUAGUGACAUGUAGAUAAAUAUGUACAUUAAAUGUAGAUUUAAAUUGUAAUGGGUUACUUGAUUGCAUAUGUAAAGUUGCUGUAACCGUGCUCUUAUCAAACCUAAUGUCCAGACUAACAAUCCCUCUAGUUUCUUACAGAAAUGCAAAAGUGGC